AUGUAGAACUUGUAAUUUCUUUAUAGAACACUACAUUGCUGUCAAUAUUGACGGAUUAAUUAUUGGUCAAAAUCUUAAUGCUUAAUGGCUCAAAAUGGGCCUUACGUUUUGAAAUGGAUGGAGUUGCCCGACAUAUAUAACUUGUGAUUUCUUUAAGGAAUUUGUACAGCUGAUGACAAAGUGGUGCUACUUGCACAUGGGCAGGAAUCAAAUCGAAUCGAAUCAGCUACAAUUUUUGUGCGGAUCGGGAGCUAACUUGUGAAAGCUAAUACCAGGCGUGACGUUUACCGGAUUCCAAUACCUCGUACGGUGCACACAGGAAACACCCAUUUGCAAGAAAAAUAUUGUUGCCCUUUCACAGGUUCCAGAGAUGGCAGCAAGUUGCAUGAUAAAUUUAGUCAAGUUGCAUGAUAAAUUCAGUUCAUUCACAGUCCUGCUCACACACAACCAUCUACUAAUUGGACCACUGGAGCGAAGAUCUAGCUGGCUAGCUAGCAGAUAAUUACCCCCGCAAAAAAAACUAGCACAUAUAUAAUUAAGGAGUUGGGUAAAUAUAUUCUUAAUUAAGGAGAUCGAAGAGCUAUCAUGGUGAGGGGCAAGAUUGUGAUUAGGAGGGUUGAGAACAUGAGCAGAAGGCAGGUCACCUUCUCCAAGCGGCGUGGUGGUCUACUGAAGAAAGCACGUGAGCUGGCCAUCCUCUGUAAUGUCCAGGUCGGUGUUAUCGUCUUCUCCUCCACUUGUCGCCUCUACGAGUAUGCCAACUCCACCACCGCCACCACCAUGGGCACGGCCAUGCCUUCCAUGAUUCAAAACUACCAAUCUUCACAAGAGCAACAUCAGCUCCUGAAUCCAGUGUCACAAGUCAUGCUAAUGGGGGAGAGAUUAUUAAACUUAGGAGUCAAAGACUUAUGUUUAAUGGAAAAUCAGCUGGAGAAGAGCUUACACCGUAUUAGAGAAAAGAAGGUAGCCGAGCUCGCUCAGUUUGUUCUUAUUUAUGCUAAUCAUUGUACCCUCUUCCCUAAUCAUGACACUAACACUGUUUUAUAGGAAUGAUAAUAACUGUAUGUUUCCUGAUGCCUGUUUUAGGAACAAAGUUCCACCAACCAUAUUCUACAACUCAACGAGAAGGUUCGCCAAUAUUUCUAUCACAUGCGUGUGUAAUUUUACUUUGUUGCCAUUAUCGUGUAAAGUUUACAUCAAUAUAUAUUACAAAAAGUUACAUUUCGUUCGUGAUAAUUCAACAAAGCAACCUUCUAGGGAUGCAUCUUUCAUCAAGAGAAUAUUCGACUCUCCAGGGAAAUAAAGCUUAUCCAUGAACAAAACUUGGAAUUAUAGAACAAGGUAACUAAGUAGCUUUGACUAUGUAUUCAAAAUCUUUGUGGGGGUUGAGAUUAAUGGUGCAGCUUGAUAUUGGUUUCAGCUUUGUGUACUGAAUGGCUCUUCUAAGGGUGCAACAUAUUAUCCUCCA